AUGCCCCGUCUUUGUGGUCAGUCGUGCUGGGCGUUUCAAAAAAGCGAAGGGCUCAAAAAGUGUCAUAUAAAUGACAGACGCUUCCAAAUUGCGUUUAGAAAAAAGCCUCAAACUCUUGUUUGA